AUGCAGAAGUCUCUCGUCUUAUUCAAGCCAGACGCCGUUUGUAUUAGACAAGCUGGUAUCUACGCACUUGAGCGCUUGAGAAAAGCGAUCCCCAACUUCAAACUUCUCUGUUUUGAGCCAGAGGUCGUCCCAGCCGAGUUAGCUAAACAACACUAUGCCGAGCAUGAUGGUAAGAAGUUCUUCCCCAGUCUCAUAGCAUCCAUUACCAAUCCAAAUGGUGUUGUAGUGUUAGUCAUUGAAGGAGAAGAUGCCGUCAAAAUCAUUAGAAAAGAACUUGGCCCGACCUUUGUUGAGAAAGCUAUGGGCGAAGACUGCAUUAGAGGAAAGUUUGGUAUCACUGGUGGAGUUAAUUGUUGCCAUGCCAGUGAUGCAGAAGAGAGUGGAAAGCGUGAGGUUGGUUUGUGGACAUCAUACUUCAAACUUCCUUUGGACGAACAAAAGGCGGAAAAGAACUAUGAGGAAUAUAAAGCAAAGUAUGAUGGAAAGUUCCAAAGUGACGUCACACGCUUGCGAGAAAUCGUUAAGAAAAUCAAAGCAGACGAAGAGGAGUUCAUCACUGAAAUGAAAAAGAUGACUGACGCAGAUGAUUUCCUUAUUAAACAAAUCCUCAGCGCAGUUAUCACUAAUUAA